CUCUCCAUUGAGCACUUGAGCGAGUGUGGACGCCUUCGCCCAGGCUGUGCAUCUGUGUGCGGAUCCGGCCGGCAAACAAAGCAAAGUCCACGCUGUCCAGACAAUGGGCAGUUCCCACAAGGCAAGACUGAGACUUUCUCGGGAGAAAGUUACAUAAGACGAGGCCGAGUGAUAAGCGCUCGGGCCGCGGGUCAGCGAGAUGAUGACUGCUGUGCGUGCGACCGGGAGGGACUGAGCUCAGGAGUUCUGCUGCGACAGGCUCGAGUGUCGGACGCCCGGCGACGCGAGUGUGAACUGAGAAGUGCGUGUGAACGGAAGACGUGGUCCCUCAUGGGGAUUGUUUCGGUGUGCAAGAGUCUGUGGAUCUUCAGUGCGGCGUGCUGCCUCGUGCCCGUUAUUCUCGUUUGGUAUCCGUUCGUUUCAGUGGCACGUCGCGUGUGGCUGACUCUGCUGAAAUGGCAGUAUCCCAGGCUCGCGUUCUCGCCCACGAACACCGUGCGCAGCAUUGCGGACACCACGAGGAAUCCGGGCAUCCUGCACAUCGUCCUCCAGGUGGCUGGCGAGGCGUGGGACGCGGAGACCAUCCGCAGGCGCAUGUUUGAGCAUGUGCUGGACAGGAGGAACAAGGAUGGAUCGCUCGCCUUCCCCUUCAUGAAGUGCACCCUGCACUGCCGCUGGGGACACUAUGCCUGGGCGGACGAUGGCAGCGACUUUGAUAUUGAGAAUCAUGUGAUCUACAGCCAGGAGGGCUACAGAGGACGUCCCGUGACGGAUGCCAAUGUCCAGUUGUACAUGAGCGAGCAGACGUCCAAGUUUCUUCCACUCAAUCUGCCGCCAUGGCAGAUAAUCGUGGUGCCCAUUUACCAGCCUCAGCGGCCGCAUUCCAGCGUGUGUGAGAAUCCAGUGCCAUGCAUGGAUCACUACUACAUCCUGCUGCGCUUCCACCACUUGCUGCUGUCGGACAUGCCCAACAUCCGCAUCUGCGACCUGUUGCUGGUGGAGAGCGGCAAGCCGGCGGUCGUGGAGGAGAAACUGGACGAGGAAAUGGAUCUGCCGUUCAGCAAUCUCGUGGCGCCGCCAGAUAGCAUCCUGGAAUUGUACUCGAGGGUCAGAGUGGCCAUCACAAAUCGCUGGAAUGAGUUCAUUUACCGCCACGAUCCACUAGAAUCUCCAGAUGGGCUGAAGAAGCAAGUGAAAGAGUUGCCACACCUGAUGUCGCUCAUCCUGAUAGCCGGUGUGUGUGUCUUGAGUGAUUUCUGGCGAGGAUAUCACGCCAUCAGGGCGCAUCCCUCGGAGAAGUUCAGGUACUUCAUGAGCUUAGUGAGACGCGAGGUGAGGAGGAGGAAUCUCUCGUGGGAAAUCGUGGCAGAUUGCGUGCUGGACGCUGUAGAUCCCGUAGCAAUCACCAGGAGAGUGGUGAAAGGAUUCUUCUGGCUUAUCGGCAAGGCCAUUGUCAUCAUCCCGCUGGCUGUGGUUAGGGAAUGCAUGGCUAUUCGGUGUUGUCUUUUCCUGGGACACUGUGGCUAUCCGAACACCAUCAUUGGAUUCUUCUUUGAGUUCAUCCCUCUGGUUUGGGCUGCUCUCUGGGAGAUUUUCGAAGCUCUUCGGCUGAUUGUCAUUGCUCCGAUGUGUUUGUACGAGAGUCUAAUUGCUGGAAGUCGCGGGAAUCGCCAUGGCAUCCAAACGGCCACGAUUUGUGGGAGGAAAGUGAUCUCCUGGUCGGAUAGUGUGGACAAGAAGGAGAUUAAGGGCGCUGCCAAGCGAGCUGGAGCUACUGAGGCGGAAAUCUCCCUGACAAUGCUGGCUGCUGCCAUUGGCGAUGCCUUGGAGGACUUUGCAGACACCCCAGUGCCUCGGGCGGUGGAUAUAUCCGCGCGGAGUGUUCACCAGGACUGUCUGAUGGGCAGGAUGUCGCGAUCGUAUGGUGUGGAUGGAGUGAUUUGUCUACCCCUGCCUUUAGGGAAUGGCAAGAUGGACCACGUGACGGCAAUGAGGAGGGCUCUGCACGAGGCCCGGCGAACAAACAUCGCUCUGUACACGAUCACAGGCAUUGAGACGAGGCGAACGGUGAUGACGAAUGUGUUUACGUGGAUGUGGAUUAAGCUGCUGACCAACUACCUGUCGAAGAAGUUUUGUAUCACCGUGACGGACACUGUGGAAAAUACCACGAGACGCUACAGGACGCUCUGGGGCCAUCCGGUCAUCGACAUGAUCUACUUCCGCCCACCCAUGUCCAACACAUCUCUCUCGCUGACUAUCCAGAAGUUCGGCACACACGUGCGGCUGGGCGUGAUCGCCGAUGCUGAACUCACGCCGUGUCAUGUGGAGAUUGCGCGCUCCUGGACAAACUACAUGAGACAGUUUUGA